GGUUGAUUAUGUUGCGUUGGUUGUUUUUGCGGGUUGGUGGGUUCAGUCAUGCCACCAACCCAUUUUGGCGGGGUGAAUUGAUUGACCUUUUUGAUUAUCCCUAUUCAUGGUGGGCUUUUGUGGGUCGUUUUAUACUGGUCUUUUCAUUGAACUCAUCUGAUUUUGCUUGUAGGUCUCUAUCAUAACUCGUAUUAUAUUUGCAGGGAGAACGCAAUUUCAACCGGUUUGGUGGGUGGCUGGGGAAGAACUCGACAAUGGGUAAAAACUUUAGGCUUUUGGAUGAUCUUCAUGUUCACAUUCUUGCUUCUCGUGAAUCCAGUUCAGGAAGGGAUACCAUUCGCAUGGAAUACCUUACUCUUAUUCUUAAACGACUGACUGAACCCCUACGAACCCUUCCUAAGGCUGAAGCGGUUCAACAAGUUGUGGAAUUCAUGAAUACAUACUCUAUCAGUCAGGAAGAUUUUGAUACUAUAGUAGAGUUAUCAAAAUUCAAGGGUCAAUCUAAUCCACUAGAUGGGAUCCAGCCUGCUGUUAAGUCAGCUUUGACAAAAGCCUAUAAAGAGCAAAGCAGAUCUCGGGUGGUUCGAGUUGCCGACCAAAUCACACUUCCCGGUGUAAAGAAGGCCCCUAAGAAGCGGAUUGCUGCUAUACUUGAACCAGCCGAGGAAGGAGGCAAAAAUGAAGAUGACACCUUGGACGAGAGUGAAGAAGAGAACACCUCUGAUACAGAAGAGUUGGGCAUCACCAAGGGAGAGAAGCUGCAAUCAGAACUUCAAAGCUUGAAUUCAAAAGCCACGCAAGUGCAGUUGGAACUGAAGGGAACGGGUAAUUCGAGUUCCAAGAAGGCAUCGGCUGGUAGAGGUAAAGGUGCUUCCGCAUCUGGGAAAAAGGUUGCUCAAGCUCCAAAAAGAAAAAGGUGAAAUAUUAGACAUCUUGCCUUUUUGUCGAGCCACUAGCAGUAUUUGUAUAGAACCAUGCUCUUCAUGUAAUUGAUGUUCAGGCUUCAUAACUUCACGUUUGAGUUUUAGUAAAUUUUCCAAGGAGAACAUGGAUUGACUACUUGUGGUGGCUGUAGAUUGUUUCGGUCUGUCCACGUUAGAAGUUAGAAUUUUGCUUGCUGUUUUAUGAAGCGUUUAUUUCUGGUUUGAGCUUUUA